UCUGCCAUCCACCAACAACACUGCCCAGACAGUGCAGUGUGGGGAGAGAGGACAAGCUCUCCAGGGGGGCCAUCUCCAGAGGUUCGGCCCUACGACAGCACAUGUGCUUGCUGAUGUGCCAAGAGGCACAAUGCCUCACCACCUCCUGUCCUACCAUCGUGUCUAUGGCCCCAAUGGACCUGUGCCCUGCCAACUUCUAGGUGUGCUGAGGACAAGUGGGGCUUGGUGGUCCUUCUCCAGCAAGACCUGAAGGCCACCAGCUUCCCUUCACUGGGAAGUCUUUUCAAAUGAUGGAGCAGGAUGCUGAGGAGGAACAGGAGGCACUGACCCCUUCCCCUCCACAGCAGCCCCAUGUCCCUGUCGAUGGCAUCCCUCUGCUAGCAAGAGGGACAACGUGACCUCUCGUCCCCGCCUGCCACUCUGUCUGAAGGAGCAAGGUGUCCCUGCCGGCUCGCUAUCAGCCACUGUAACCAGGGAAAAGGGGAAGGCCGUGUCUCAGGACACGCCAAUAACCCAGGGGCUGCGGGGGAGCUCAUCCUGCAGCACAGCCUGUCGCAGUGCCGCUCGCUAUGGACGGAGCACACCAGCGCUGCCUCCUCCUCCUCCUGCUGCUCUGCUCGCUCCCACAGCCGAGCAUCCCGGGCCCGCCGUCACCUCCGGAUGAACCCCAGGAGCCGCCGCUGCCGCCGUCGGGCACCGCUGAGCCCAGUGCCGACAUCCUGCGCGGCCGCCCCUCGGCCCCGGCGCGGCCAUACAGCCUGUCGCUCUCACCUGAGGACUACCACUACUACCCCAAGCCACGGCACCUGCGGCCCGGGCAGCUGCGCCGGCUGCUGGGCUCAGCCUUCGACCCGUUCUGGAUGGCCACCGCGGAGCCGCGCCGCCGCAACACCAGCAGCAGCGACACCCUGGAGACCCAGAGCCGGGACCUGGCGGACGGCGCCGGGCGCUACCGCCGCAAGCUGUGGCGAGAGGCUGAGGGGCUGGAGCUGCCCCCUGAGCUGCGGGGCGCCGUGUCCCGCAGCCUGCGGCAGUGGCUGGUGGAGCAGGCUGCCUGCCGCCUCACCUCCACAUGGGUUGACCUGGGAGCUGUGUUCUGGCCGCGCUGGGUGCGCCACACUGCCUGCGAGACCGGGCCCCGCAGCUGCUCCUGGCCCCCCGGCAUGGGCUGCCGGCCCGCACAGCUCACGCACAUCAAGCUGCUGGCCUGGCACUGCUGGGCCGUGCAGCACCCCGGGCCCCCUCGCUGUGCGUGGCGGCAGAUCCCAUACCCGGUUGUGGCCGCCUGCAAGUGCUCCUGCCGCUGAGGGGGUGCAGGAGGGCACCUCUACCACCGAUACCUGUUCUCGCAGCCAAACAGACGCCUGGACUCAGCCUCAGGGCCAGGGAGCUGGGACGCAG